GUCUCCAUAGAAACCUCCACCUGUUUCCGGCCAGGCUGUGCGAGAUUAGGGGCUGCUACGGGGGACAAUCUCGGCCAGCUCGCCUUUUCCCGGCGGCCUCUGCGGGCGCGGUGGGUGUUGUACACAAUCAUCAUGGCGGCGGCCGGAGCCCCGGAUGGCAUGGAGGAGCCGGCCAUGGACACGGAGGCCGAGGCCGUGGCGACCGAGGCGCCCGCGCGGUCCCUCAACUGCGUGGAGGCCGAAGCCGCGGCGGGGGCGGCGGUCGAGGACUCCUGCGCCGGCCCAGGCAGCCUGCAGCCGGCCCCGGCCCAGCCCCCUGGGGACCCCGCGGCCCAGGCCUCGGUCAGCAACGGUGAGGACGCUGGCGGCGGCGCAGGUAGAGAGCUGGUGGAUCUGAAGAUCAUCUGGAACAAGACCAAGCACGACGUGAAGUUCCCCCUGGACAGCACAGGCUCCGAACUAAAGCAGAAGAUUCACUCGAUUACAGGUCUCCCGCCUGCCAUGCAGAAAGUUAUGUAUAAAGGACUGGUUCCUGAGGAUAAGACAUUGAGAGAAAUAAAAGUGACCAGUGGGGCCAAGAUCAUGGUGGUUGGCUCCACAAUAAAUGAUGUUUUAGCAGUAAACACACCCAAAGAUGCUGCGCAGCAGGAUGCGAAAGCUGAAGAGAACAAGAAGGAGCCUCUCUGCAGACAGAAACAACACAGGAAAGUGUUGGAUAAAGGAAAACCCGAAGAUGUGAUGCCAUCUGUUAAGGGUGCCCAGGAGCGCCUGCCCACGGUACCCUUAUCGGGCAUGUACAACAAGUCCGGUGGAAAAGUGAGGCUCACCUUUAAACUCGAGCAAGACCAGCUGUGGAUCGGCACUAAAGAGCGGACUGAGAAAUUGCCCAUGGGCUCCAUUAAAAAUGUGGUCAGUGAACCUAUCGAAGGACACGAGGACUACCACAUGAUGGCGUUUCAGUUGGGCCCCACGGAAGCCUCUUACUACUGGGUGUACUGGGUUCCAACUCAAUAUGUGGAUGCAAUCAAAGACACUGUGCUGGGGAAAUGGCAGUAUUUUUGAAAGCACUUUCACCUCUGGCCCAGGAGACUGACCCAAAGUGAAGGACAUUGCUGGGAGAGGCCUGCAGCAUCCCUGGAUUUCAGAGUUCUGGAACUUUGUUCAAAAAAAUCUAUAUCCAAUCUAAGGCGAUGUGGUGACUGAAGCCAGAGGUGAUGGACUUUCACCAUUAGCUUAAUUUUAACUUAAAAUCACCGGUUCCCUUUCUUGCAGUCAGCUUCAUACCAUUUUUAAAGUCAAUACAGUGGAGAUCAAUAAAUCUGAAUUCAGAACAUGUUGUGUGGAAUACUCUGAAGUGUGUUUGAGAGUAGGUCUCCUCAUCUUGUUUAGAAAGGAAUGGUCAAAAGCUUUCUGGUUUUAUUCCCCAAUGAUUUGAACUGAAAUAUUUUCAUAAAUAUUUGGUUGCAAGCAUUUGGACUGCAUUGUGAUGAGUUGGGGUGUUUUGUUGUUUAAUUUUUCAUAUAAAAUUGUAUGCAAAAAUGGGGGGGUUAGUAAGCCAUAUUUUUCUCUCCCUUGAUUCAGAUUUAAUUCUUCCCCUUUUUUUACUUUCUCACUUCUUAGAUUUGAGUUUUUGUUUUUAAAACCCAAAGAUGUCAGUUCCUCUUUUCGUACCUCAUCCAUGCUUCCUUGCCUGGCCUCCCUCCCGCCAAGCUGCUGCUGGUGAAUGCGCGGUGGGAGGGGAGGAGCCAUGUGGUCUUGGUCAGGGAGCGCUCACACUUGCUGUGGUGUUUGUCGAGCAGCAGAGUAUCUCACAGUGACUCCUGUCUAAAUGUCCUGCCUUUGGGCCCCAGUCUGCGGGGUCCCACUGCUGGUUUGAUGGUGGCCUGCCCGUCUGGCUGACCGGGGCGGGGCCACUCCACACAUCAGCAGAGUCCCUUGGAGGAGGAGCCAGUGGAAGACAGUUUGAGCCAUAGAGCCACAGACCCAGGUAUCUUCUUUCUUUGGAAGUUUUGAGAAAUUCCUAAGCAGUCCAACGAUUAUUUCAAUUACGCGUCUCCAUUUGGUCCUUAUGCUCAUGCGUUGUGUUCAAGUGUCCUUCAUCCCAGGUUCAGAGAUGCCACCUUUCUCCAUAAGAAGACAUCUGACCGAGUGGGUUGGCCCAUGUAUUUAGACAUCGAAGAUGGGAUAAAUGGCUUUUUGUGAUUAGCUCACCCUCUUCUGGUUUUAGCCCUUUGUUCUUCGUACAUGUGAACUUCUGUUGUCUCCUUCUGGCUUGAUUGACUCUGAAAUAGGGGGAAGUCUCUUGGUGAGUGAUACCCUUUGUGCUGUUUGCUGUUUCUCUGCUGCUGUCUUUGCGAUUCUCCCCUCCCUGGUUGCAGGCUCUCCUAGUAAGGUUUGACGAGAGAUUUUCCAAACUUCACAUUUUGGAUUCUAGGCUGUUUCCCCUCAUUCUGUGAAAUGUAUUAGCAUGUGUUCGCCUAAGAUGACUGUUCCUUGUGAGCCAGUUCAUGGUGAUAUUCUACACCCUCCCCUCCUAAGCCGUAGUUCAGGAAUCCAGCCCUUGUAGACAGGCUCUUGCUUUUCGUGGUGUAGUCAAUGCCAAGUUGUGCAUCUGGGCAGGAAAAUCCACUCUCGCUUUUUUGGGGGCAUCAUACAUAUGUGAAGUGUAGCAUCCAAGAAACUGCCUGUUUUUCAUCCCUUGAAAAAGGAGCAGCAACUGCAGCUUUUCUGUCCUCGUGGGCCUGCAGUUCGCAGAGAAGAGAGUGCUGCUUUGCUGCCUGGAAGCCUCUGCGCUCGACAGGUCUACAGAAGACACGGUCAGGUAGCAAGUAGAGCGUCAUCUCACUUUGAAUCCUGCCCUUCUGUUGGCCAGUGUCCCUGUUCUGGAGACGUGUCCUGACAGGGCCGCGGGCGUCUCUGUCCCCAGGCUGGCCUCGCAGUGCUGCUCAGAGGCCCUUCCCUCCAGGUCUUCUCUCCCCUUUCAUGUGGCCACCACGCCACCUGCCACCCCUUCCUCCGGGUGACGGCAUGUGUUCCAUCGUCUCCCUGCUCCCCAAGGGCCAAACUGCUUCUCACUCAGGCGGGUGUCAUUUUAAGACAGGACCAAAGCCUGUGUGAAUCUUUUUAUUUUAAGUAAAAUGGUGCUUUUUCCUUACUUCAAGAUACUAUAUAUAAAUAAUAAUGUAAAUGACACCUUUUCGUACAGAGCUGUCUGAGUAUUGCUUUACAGAGCUCGCUCAAUGGGCUCAGGAACAAUCUUGAGCUCUAGCUCCUGACCCUGUCUGCACGGAGACCUUGCUGGAAGCCCCUGGGAGAGCAAAGGUGGACACCACUGGCCCUCCGGGGAGAAGUAUUUAGUUAACUCCGUGUCCAGGUCACAGCAGUAUUCACUCUUGUCACUCAGUCCUGUGAGCAGUCUCUUCCCACUUUCCUCGCCGUCCAGAGUGCGCUGACGCCUCUGUGAGCACACGGAAGUUCUUUUCCCCUAGGUAGCAUCGCAGUGUUAAUUUUCUCCUCAGGAUUCUCUCCACACAGGCCUGCCCUGUUGGAGCACACUAGUUCUUUCCCUGGGGUGCGACCUUUCCUCCCGGGGCAGAGGGCCUGCAGGGGCUACGGCAGAGCUGGUUCUAAGAGCAGGCUCCGGUGCUCAGGGGGCAGGCCAGGCAAGCACAUCUCCCUCGUUGGACGCCUCUCAGAGCCUCCUGGUGGGCUGCUUGCUCGUCUAGAAUCUGCUAGUGGUCUUCCUGCCGAUCUUUGCCCACAGACAUCAUGCCUUUCUUUCCCUCCCUGAGGUGACUUGACAGAACACUGACGAGGGGAUCCUGCGGAGGCUCGGGGCCCUCUCAGCUCCGUUUCAGAGGACUUAGCCAGCUCGCCAGUUGCUGGAACUCUUUGGUAUUAAUGUAUUUUGAUUGAUGAUGGGCCUUUUGCAAGUAGUUUUAGUUCUCUUUAAAUGAAGUUGAACCGAGCUAAGGAUGCACUUUCCUAUAAUCUUGAUGUGGCAGGGGCCCAAGUGAGGCCCUCGGUAGCCUCCUUAGUUGCUACGUUCUGUUAAGAGGGCCAAAGAGACCAACUUUGCCACAUUGCUGCCUCUCUGAAGAGUUGCCAUAUUUCAGCCAGAAGGGGCUUGUGUUCCUCGUACUCUUACUUGAACCAUGUGCCUGGAGGAGCCAUCCUGGUCACUUGCACUUGGCCCACCUUUCUUUGCCUGGGGCGGAGAAGGCCCAGGGGAUAGACACAGUGUGCUAAGGGCCGAGCAAGGGCGGCCUUGCUUUCCGCCCCAUCUUGGGAGGGAGACCUCCUCGCUCCUUGCAUCUGCUCAUGCCAGUUGUCUUGCAAAGGAUGGCCCCUUUGUCUUGAGGCUUUGUGAGACAUCUCCAGUUGGAGCGGCGCCUGGUUCCUCUUCACAGGACCUGGUAGCCUUUCUGAGGCGACAGGCGGUCAGGAGUCCUCUGACGUGCGGAACAUCCAGUGAACCUACCUGUCAGGCUGGGGGCGUCUACUGCUUUCUAAAUUUCUAAGAACCUCUUUUUUCUUCAAGAGUUCUGCGGAAUUAUUUGACAAUAUACGUAAAAACCAUGUCUCCUUGUGGCGUGUGCUCUGUUCUGGUUUUUGUUUUUAAAUCUAAUGCCUGUUUGGGAGGAGAUGAACGUAUUUAGUCUAUUAGAUUUGCGCUGCUGGAUUUUUUUUUUUUAAAGUGUAACCUUGACUAGCUGUCUUAUUGUUUAUCCUGUAAGAUUAGUCUAUCAA